ACCGGAAGUGCCUGUGCUGUCGAUGUGGUACCUAGUGACGGGUUUCGUUCGCUAUCCCUUGUUUCCCUGACUGAGUAUUUUUAUCUCACCAUGGCGCCCAAAGGCAAAGUGGGGACAAGAGGGAAGAAGCAAAUAUUUGAAGAGAACAGAGAGACCCUCAAGUUCUACCUGAGGAUCAUACUGGGGGCCAAUGCCAUUUACUGUCUUGUGACCUUGGUCUUCUUCUACUCAUCUGCCUCAUUUUGGGCCUGGAUGGCCCUGGGCUUUAGUCUGGCAGUAUAUGGGGCCAGCUACCACUCUAUGAGCUCAAUGGCACAGGCGGCCUUCUCUGAGGAUGGGGCCCUGAUGGAUGGUGGGAUGGACCUCAACAUGGAGCAGGGCAUGGCAGAGCACCUUAAGGAUGUGAUCCUACUGACAGCCAUUGUGCAGGUGCUCAGCUGCUUUUCCCUCUACAUCUGGUCCUUCUGGCUUCUGGCUCCAGGACGGGCCCUUUAUCUCCUGUGGGUGAAUGUGCUGGGGCCUUGGUUCACGGCAGACAGUGGUGCCCCAGCACCAGAGCACAAUGAGAAGAGGCAGCGCCGACAGGAACGGCGGCAGAUGAAACGAUUAUAGCCACUAACAUUGUUACUACCGGCUACUGGGCCCUGGAUGACUAUCAGGCUGCAUGGCCUCAUGCCAGGAGUGAUGAGGGCCUAGUCCAGGGGCCAAAAGCAGUCUAAGGCAUAAGAUUGUUGAAUAAAUGGCUUAGAAUAUG